GUGGCUUAGAUCUUGUUCCACAUUUACGGAGUGAAACACAAGCCUGAAACAUAAAUAUCAGGGCGUUUACAUUAAGGCACAAAGACAUUGCGCAUAUUUUUUUAAGGCAACGGUUAAUAUGGUAUUACAGGGAAUAACAACACAGUGAGCACAACACCGCUGCCAUCGUUGGAUGUCUGUUUACUAUCAGAGUUUUGGCGCGUCUGGAUGUGAUCGGGAGUCACCGUCUGUGGCAUGAGAAAGGAUGGAGAGCUGCACACAUGUUUUCCAGAUCUCUGGGAUCAAAGCGCAGGAUAAAAAGAGAGUUUUGAUUAAGGGCAUUUAUCAUCUUGGUGGAAAAUACAUUGGUGGCUCAGUAUACAAGCACUGUACCACUCAUCUCAUAACCCCCCAGGUUUUGCCCAGUGAGAAGUUUUUGGCAGCUUGUGCGGCAGGGAAGUGGGUUGUGACUCCUAACUAUGUGUUGGAAAGCAUGAAGAACGGCUCCUGGCUGCCCGAGGGACCCUACGAAGUGGCCAUUUUCACCAGCUCCUCAGCCGCCUUUUACCCCGUCAGACAGUGGAGGGAGAAGGUAACCAAAGGUCAAAUAACGGGUGCUUUUCAGGGCUGGAGAGUUCUUCUCAUGGUCCAAGAGCCCAACAGAAGAGCCAUGUUCAAACGGCUGCUGAAAGCUGGGAGAGCAGAAGUGUACAACUGUCCUCCACCGAUGUACACGUCCAUCACUCACGUCAUGGCGAAACCUGUGACGGAGAAAUCAAAAUCUCUUAACUCACCUUGUUACCCCGUGAGCCAUAUAGUCCAACACCUCUUCGGGAGCAAUCGCCUGGAUGUAAAUUUUAACGAAGUGGAUGAUCUUCCAUCCGGGACAAAAGCCAACUGUCUUGAUGGCUUCUCUAAUUUGGAGGCAGAACUGAGGAAUUUUGCUGUCAAAAAAGAGGGCCGGCCCAGACUGUGCUUCCUUGAAUUUCUAGGUUACCGUGACCCUCACCGUCCCUUCACACAGGCAAUUGUAGCAGAUUUAAGCAACAUCAGUAGUAUGAUAGAGUGCGGCCUAGUCAGCGAGGCCUUGGAUUCGAUCAGAAGUGCCGUGUUUCCAGGCGUGUUGCCACCAGCGACAUACCUGAUCUCCCUCAUAGAGUACGCACAGCAGGGCAACGCCACGUCCCUCUUCCUGAGAAAUUUCCAUCAGGUUAUGGUAAACCUGCUCAUUACUAAUCCUCCAUGGCUGGCUCAAAACUCAGUGAAAAAAUACUAUGCCCAAGUGUUGCAGUGUCCUCGGUGCAAGAUGGGCUUAUGGCCGCUUUUAGAGACCGCCAUCAGAUACUGCCUGACAAACGGCGACACCUGUCACCCACACCCUGGACCCGCCUUGCCAGCCUUGGUGCAUUUCUACUGUGACAUGCUUGCACUUUGCCUCAUGCUUCUCAAGGGUGAACUUCACUCUGUCAGCAGCAGAGACUUUAUGUUUCCCAAACAACCCAGAGCGUCAUCUGCACCAGCUUCUGGUUCGUUGAUCUAUGGGACUUUCUGGACCGUGUGGGAACGAACAACACUGCUGUCCUGCACCGUGAAAAAGCUUCUUCAGCUCCUAACAGAAGCUGCCAUUAUGGAAUUUGCUGAGGGAGCAGAGAAGCGGGAGCUGUACUUGGCAGACACUCUGCUGGAUCUUCUGUCUGUGUUGGUGGAGUUUUGGUGUCAGCAGCAUUUUAAACUUAAUCAGAGUCUGGUGGAAAAAGGCCUCAAAGACCUCUCGGAGCACCUCGCCAUUCUUAGCCAGGAUCUGUGUCCAGCCGUUUUGGUGGAGCUGGUUUGCAGAGUUCACUCCACCAGGCUAAAGUUGGUCGUGGUUGAUGCCAUCUUCAGGAAUCUCUGCUGCAGAAAUGGCUUCACCGUGGGCGAUGAACCUCUCUCUCUCAAGAAAAUUGUGUGUUCCUACUUGCCCGCUCUGGGAACGUUAGCUCAGAGUCCCAGCUUUGCUUCCUACAAGACUGGGAAAACCUCCCACAGCUGCACAAGUCAGGGGACCAGCAGGACCGGGAACGCACCGGUGACUGAAGAAAGCCCCGAGCGAGAAAAUGCCCCCAGAGGCAUGAACAGAGUGAACGCGGCAGGCGAGACCCUCCUACACAGAGCGUGCAAGAGAAACCAAGUGGAAACGGUGCUUCAGAUCCUGGCGCUUCCUGGCACAGACGUCAAUGUUAAAGACCAUGCAGGCUGGACUCCUCUCCAUGAAGCGUGCAACCAUGGCAGCACUGAGUGUGUGAGAGCGUUGCUCCAUCACCACCCCGCCCCUGUCCUCACUGACCAGGUGGCCGGAGUUAGUCCGCUGCACGAUGCCCUCCUGAACGGACACUUGGACAUCGCUAAAAUGUUACUGGAACAUGCAGGCUCAGUUCUUCUCCAGCAGACCGACGGAGACCGACAGACUCCGCUGGAUCUGGUCUCCGCACUGAGUCAGAGGGAGGAGCUCCUCCGCAGCGCUCAGGCUGGGGACUCAGCCCGCACGAACAAAGACAAAACUGAGGUCUUGAACCUUCCUCUCCUCGAGGCUGGAUCUAGUCUGCUGGGCCACCUCAUUUUCUCCUACCAGAAGGAGAGGGGCCUGCCUGGCCUCACGCAGUCGGGGAACAGACCCCACACUCUGGUCUACAAGCUGGCCGCUGCGUUGGAGAAGCACUCCCUUCAGAAAGUCACUUCGGACUGGACAGAUCAGCGGGCGGUGAGGCUGGCCGAAGACGUGGAGACGUUGCUGAGGCUCAGUCGAGGAGAGCACAAAGAACAGGUGUCUGCUGCUGCCAAGGAGUGCAGAGGAGAGAACACGGUUUUCCUGAUGGAAGCACUGGAGAACCUGCAGGCUAAUGGCAAGGCACUGGUUGCUGAUUUGUAAGAAAAGAUUGAAAGGGUGGAAAAAAAAUUGCACAUCCUGUCAUUGAGGGGUUUCCAUAAUGGUGCAAUCCCCCAUGCCCGCUGACGAUGGUUUGUACACAUCAGUAUAUUGCCCUCAAGUUCUUUAAUAAGCUGGUGAUUUAGAAGUAAUUUCUACAAUGAUAACUUGUUGUACUUGUGCUAAAAAAUAUAGAGUCUCUGUUUUGACUUGACAUAUAUUUUUCAAAAAAAAAAUGUUUUGAAUGUAAAAGUAUUUAUGUUUUUUUUUUUACUAUUUCCAGCCUCGUAUGAACACUAACAUUUUCAUGUGGACUACCUCCAGUUUCACUUUUACAUGGCUACUUUCCCUGUUGCUAAUAAAUCUUUUUUGUCAUAUGGAUUUUUUUUAAAGAACUGUUUAACAUGUAAAAGAAAAGUUCAAAUUGGUUUACUGUUCAGGCAUUAAAAACCUUAAAUAUUUAAGAAAAUUACAAUAAAGAAGGUAAAGGUGUUUGGUUCUAACAAGCUUCUUCAUCAGCCACUGCUCCCUGUUAACUCAGUUAUUAAUAGACUCAAAAUGAGACAACGUUGUGAAAACAUUUAAUACCAGAAAGCAGCGCCUGGCAGAUGAGUGUUGGUACUAAGACCUAGAAAUGACGGCCUUAUGUAAAUGUGAGUGUGAAGAACGAACCUCCUUAAAGUUGUCUGGAGUCUUAAUUUAAGAUAGUUUACAGUUCAGACGUUUUCAUUUAUACCAUCUCUCUUUUUGAUGCUGCGUAAGAUCUGUGAAGUAUAUAUGUUUUUUACUUAACUCAUGUCAGACGUAGUAAAAAUAUGAUAAAAAGCAAGAAACUCUAAAGCACCGGUGUAAAUAAACGGUGCAUGUAUAUUUUAUUUUUUUUUCUCUCUCUCUCUCUAUGCUCAUUCUAGGUCUCAUAAAAUAGUGUAGCCAUAAAAUCUGCUAAAAAAAAAAAAAAAGAACAAACUCCAUUUGUAAGUUUAGAAGGCGCUCUUAAACGUGGAUUUUCUUUAUUAUGCUGCCUCUGCGAAGAAGUUGGCAAAGUUGUUCUGGAGCUCGAAACCAGGGAUCCUAGAUACAUUUUCAGUAUUUUCCAAGCCCCACAUUAUGGGAAAGUAAAUAUAUUUGUAAUUCCCAGAGUUAUUUUCUAUCCCAGUGUCUGAUCAUUGCAUCCAGCUACCUGUUAAAUGUGACAUAUGCAUCGUUUAAGUAUGUCUUAUUUUGAAGACAAGUUAGGAUGAGGGUUUUCUCUAUGCCCAAUUAUGUUUUUUUUGAAAAUUGCAUCACAGUAUAUGCUGCUGCUGUUGAAAUGGGAGGAAGGCAAGUCGAGCCAGAAGUGUCCCUGCAAAUGCUGCGUCAAUAACAUCCACACAAAGGGAAGUUGAUAAAAAAUAUUUAAUUGAAAGUUUUUGUUUCACUAGUUUUUGACCCAAAAUAAGCCACAUUUAUCAGAUGAUUAUCGUUACUUAAAUUAGAGGUAUACGACAUAUUAUGCCCCUGCCUUCCAGCUGUCAUGUCUGUAAAUCUCGUUGAUUUGUAAAGGGACACACAGAGAUGAUGUCACAAGCAGAAGAUUUCGCAGGCAGACAAGACAAAUAUAAAAAAAAACAAAUAAAAUAAAAUCAAGGCAGGCAACACACCUACUUUACAGUAUUAUUACCAGAAUAUCAACAGGCAUACUGUAUAAAAUACAACCAUACAUUAAUCAGUUAGCUAUAUACAGUAUUCUUUAAAAAAUAAAUAGUCUCAUUCAAAUAAAAGUGCUUCUCUUUCCUUUACACCUAUCAGCCCAGUACAUUCUUAUACAUUUUUUUUUUCUCUACACGAUACAAAAAUCACGCUUUGGUUCGCUGGUAAAUGCAGCCAAAACCAUAAACCAACAACAAAAAGAGACAUUUGGAUGCAUUACCACACAACACUCACAAAUCUGCAACACACGGUCGCGGACAAAUUAAUUGAUACCCCAAGUGAAGAUUUGAAAAAAGCCAGAUUUUUUUUUUUUUUUUGCAGCAACAGCAUUAUCUAGCAAUACAAAUAUAUUUAUUUUAAAUCCAACCUUAAAUUGUAUUACUUUUUAUUAGUGGGGCUAAGAAAUCAUUUUUGUAAACUCACAAAUGGCAAAGUAAUUGGUAACACUGCUUUAAGAAACAGGAAAGUACACUAAAGCAGCAAAUGAAAACUACAAAAUUGGAGAAACUACUGUAAAAAAAAAAUGGCAACAGGUUGAUGUGAGCUUAAUUUAUUAAGAAAUCAAACGGGUUGUGACAGUAAUUAAAGCUCUGUUUGUCAUGGGACGAAAACUACGAUCUAAAUAACUGCAUACGAACUUAACUCAGCUUUUCUAUCUGCGCUAGCUUGUAAUAUUAUUGGGUGAUGCGGCUGGGUACAUUAAAGGCAUUUCCCCGCUAAAGCACUAAACAUUUACAUGGGUGAUCAUGUUCUUCUUAUUCGUUCUCCAAGACAAAGUAAUUAAAACUUCUGACAAUGUGUCCACUGUCAGAGUCUCCUGUCGAUAAAGUGGUGAAAUGUAUUAGACAAAAUUCAGGUAAACUUGCUUAGAAUUUAUCCUAAGAAAUUAAAAAGUCUGAAAAUGGGCCUGGAGACAUACAGUAGUUCAUUUAUCGCCAUGUUUUGUUUUGUUUUUUUCAAAAGAAGCUUCCUAUUUUAAUUUCUUAGUGUUGAUUUCACAGGUAGCUCCUGAUUUCUGCAACAGACAUGCAUGGAAAAUUGGAAAAUAAACAAAACCAUUCAACUGGUCAAAACUAUAAACUUCUACCUUGUGGAGAUCAAAUUACAUCUGUCUUACAUAAAAGGUAUGUUGUCUUGAUUUUCCUGUUUUUGCAGAGUAGGCAAAGUAAGAAAACAGCAAGUGAUCGAUUACUAAGUAGGGUUUCAAAUAAUCUCUGAUCAAUUUAAAACAUAUGUUAUAAAAAUGGUUUAGGUGCAUCUAUUUACUAGGAACUGUUAGAAUAGGUACUGAUUUCUUAACAUAGCAAUUUCCCCGCCAAAGAUUUUUUUAUUUUUUUUUUCCUGUGUGAGAUUAUCCUGUUGCAAUAAAAAAAUUAACACAAAUUAAGGCUUUUCAUACUCGGUACCAGGGGUGUCAACAAACGGUACAGGCGCUGUUGCAGUAAAAACAAAAGUGUCAAGUAUUCAAGCAGUUCAUUGGGCAAAACUAAAAAAGCCAUCCCAUCAAGUCGCUCUAAGAAAAGUUUAUUACUGUUGUCCAAACGGAUCAGACAAUAAAAUCAUUUAUCGGAGAGCGGAAACAAACUUAUGAAGUGGAGCGGAGCUUCAAAAAGGCGAAAGGCGGCGGCACAGAGACAGACAGACAGACGAGGGGAGAAGACGACAGUAGAUGCUGUGAGCUGGGGUUUUACAGACUUAAAGACCCCCAGACAAAGAAGUGGAAGCAGUGGGAAAUGGAGGCAGGGAUCAAUAGGAUGAGACAGGACCUCCUCAAACAUAGCCUGUGCUGUGAUCUUUCAAGAGAAGCUCUGCAAGAAGCCCAAGAGACCAUCUCUUCAGACAGGGUCGCAACCCUGCUUACUGACGAAUGAGGAAACCGCAGAGAGAGCAAACGGGGAAAGCAUGACGGGAAGUGUGUUUUGAAAUAGGAUAAAACACACGCACACACACUCGCGGACACGCACACAAAUAUUCCUCCAUCCCUGACAUCUCAGGCCUAAGUCCCCUCAGAGCCUUGUCUUGUCACACAAUGACUCGCUGCUCAUCAAGCAUCUCCACAAAGUCAACACCAAAAAACAGCUGGUCCCUCUGCUGCUGCAGCACACACACACACACACACACACACACGUGCACACAUCGAAUCUGAGUGUCAAGUCUAGAGCUGGAGGGGAGAUGCAAUUGUACCACACACUGACGCUGAGAGAAUCUUUGAUAGCAUAAACGUGUGUAUGCAAACACUCCUCUGUAAAUACACGGCGCACACGAACACGCCCGUGUCUCUGGAAGGGCUGAUCAAAGUUGAGCUGUGGGCACAGGAGGUGGGGCAGAUGGAGAGGGCGGCCAGCCCGGGGCGCAGCAUCAUAGAGAGCAUGUUUGCAUGUCUGCGUGUGCAUGUACGUGUGUGUGUGUGUGUGUGCUUGGUUGAGAGGGAGAAACUGUUCCUGCUCAAAUAUGACACUGUUUUUUUUUUUUUGUUUUAUCUGCGAGCAAGUAGUUACAGUGUGCAAGACUUCCUACCAGAGAUGCGUUCUUUCUGUCUUCCCCUCCUGAGAGGGAGGAAGAGAGGCUGGGGCUCUUUGUGUCUGCGUGCGUGCCCGUGCUGCAGAAGCACGCCUCGCGUGUAAACGCUUUCAUGUGUGGCCCGCCAAGGCAAACACACAGGGAGAUGAGAGGGAAAGAGACCGGCCUUUCAAACAAGAUUAGGGCUGUGCCUGCCUAAAGGCCUGCCUGCCUGCUCCAUGACACUCUGCAUAGACCAGGUGACAUCUAUAUAAGCACAGCGGCAGCAGGCCCAGUCCGCGGCGCCGCCUCACUGAGAAGGUGUCGUACCGACUGACUGACGACGCUGACGGGGCUAAAACCGCACACUUUCUCGAGAUCCAACGCACCGAAUGAUCUCAUACUCGACCUCGUUCCUACUCGUUGGGUUUAGGGAC